AUGGACGAUGAAGCUGAAACUUACAAAUUAUGGAGAAUUAGAAAAACUGUUCUUCAGAUACCUAUCACAAAUAUGUGUCAUGACCGUGGCUACUUGGUCAGUCAAGAUGAACUGGAUCAAACUCUCGACCAAUUCAAGGCAGUUUUUGGUGAUAAACCAAGUGAAAAUAAACCAGCACGGUCGCAAUUGAUUGUAAUGGUUGCACAUAAUGACGAUCCAACUGAUACAAUGAUUGUGCAAUUUCCUGAUCAGCCGAAAAUCGGUGUCGAUCGAAUCAAAGACUAUUUCAAGAAAAUGCAAGAAGAAAGUAUUCCACACUCGAUUCUUGUUGUUCAAAUUGGUUUAACUCCAUCAGCUCGUGAUUUAAUCAAUGAAUUACAAAACAAAAGCUUCUCCUUUCAAGUGUUUCUGGAAAGUGAACUAUUAAUCAAUAUUACUGAGCAUAAUCUUGUUCCAAAACAUGUCAUCUUGACACCAGAAGAAAAACAAGAACUCUUGGCACGAUAUCGUUUGAAGGAAAGUCAAUUGCCACGCAUUCAAUACGGUGAUCCAGUUGCGCGAUAUUUCGGUCUGAAACGGGGCCAAGUUGUGCGAAUUACUCGAACAUCGGAAACGGCUGGUCGUUACAUCACCUAUCGAUUGGUUACUUAA